AUGACGAGACCACGAGGUUCCUCCGGUGCGAGUGACGAUAGCACGGGCACGCCCCGCGAUCAGGUGCGCUUACGAGGCCUCGGAUCGCUCGGAAUCUUUGUGAUGGCGCUGACGAUGAUGCAGGAACUGGGGAGCAUGUACGAUUAUCUGGCCAAGAUUAUACUCCUUGGACCCAGCGGCACAGGAAAAUCCUGCUUGCUACAUCGCUUCAUUAAAAAUGAGUGGCGCAUUUUGUCGUCGCAAACCAUUGGCGUCGAGUUCGCGAGCAAAAUUGUCAAGGUCGGAACGGGAGCGCGGAGGAAACGAAUCAAGCUCCAGCUAUGGGAUACUGCAGGCACGGAACGGUUUCGAUCGGUUUCAAGAUCAUAUUAUCGUGGCGCGGCCGGUGCCAUCUUGGUCUACGACAUUACAUCACACGCAUCCUUCAGGGAUAUUCAACCUUUCCUCAACGAUGCGCGGGCGUUGGCUUCACCGAACUUGAGUCUGAUGCUUGUUGGAAACAAACUUGACCUGGCUUCAGAAUCGUUGAUCGAUGCGGGCUUGCCACCGCCAACACCAAGCAGUGUUGAUUCAACCUCUACAAUUACAGCCGGUGGUGCGAGCUCCCUCUCAAUAUCUACCACGAGCACAACUGGAACAAUCACGGGCAGGGACCGCGUCGGCUCCAUUAGCGCUGGUACGCACCAGCGAGCAACAAUUGCCCCUGACGGACGAGAAAUCAGCACAUCGGAAGCAACUCGGUGGGCGAGCACUGCAGGAAUUUCUGUAGUGACAGAAGUCAGCGCCUUGAACGGCGAGGGUGUAGAAGAAGUGUUUGCCCGCCUCGCACGCAUGAUCUUAACCAAGAUCGAGCUGGGAGAUAUCGACCCCGAUGACCCCAUGAGCGGCAUACAAUACGGCGACGGUGGUGCCUGGAACACAGCCAGUGACGGCGGUAGUAUUAAGAGCUCCAUGACGGGCGCUACCGUAGACGACGGUAUAAGCGGGCUACGGCGUCGCAAGCGGGGGAGGAACAGGACUCAGAACUGGGGGUUAAGGGAGUGGGAGGAAGUGUUUACGCUAAGCAGCCGCAAUCGAAGAGGCGGAGGUUGUUGCUGA